AUGGAGGGCAGGGGCAGUGGCAGCGACCUUGAAAUCGAAAGGCCGCAGGAUCAGAAGCAGCCACUCCUACCUCUGAUCGUCCCUAAUACAAAACUCAGGCCAGGCGGCUCCAAAAGAGAUCCACUCCCCCGGAUGGCUUCUUGCUUCUGCUUCUGCUUCCGCCGCCGCCCAAUCAUUGCCUGCUUUGUUCCCUUGUUCCUCCUCGUCUCCUUCCUCGCCUCGGCUUCGGCCUCGGCCUCGGCCGCUUCCGUGACGACAACGAAGCUAGGCAGCGGCAAUGCCACGCGGCGGGUGGCGUUCAGCUCGGAGGAGGAGCUGCGCCGGUUCCGGAGCAUCACGGCCCGGCUUGCGAGGCUCAGGGACGCGUCCAGUCCCGACGGCGACGUCAUCGACUGCGUGCCGGCGCACCUGCAGCCGGCGUUCGAGCAUCCCAAGCUGAGGGGCCACAAGCCAGAGAGCGAGCCCGCGGAGAGGCCAAGGGGCAGUGGACAUUUCGACAUUGAUCAAGACGAGGUCGACGACCCAUUGCCGCAGGUGUGGCGGCGCUCCGGCGAGUCGUGCCCAGAGGGGACGAUACCAGUGCGGCGGACCACGGAGGACGACGUCCUCAGGGCCAGCUCUUCCGCCACCUGCUUCGGGAUGAAGGCCCGUGGCGGCGGGUUCGCGCGGCGCGACUCCACCGGUGGCGGCCACGAGCACGCGGUGGGGUACGUGACCGGCGGGCAUUUCUACGGCGCGAAGGCGAGCCUGAACGUGUGGCCGGCGCAGGUGGCGUCGCCGGCGGAGUUCAGCCUGUCGCAGAUCUGGGUCAUCUCCGGCGCCUUCGGCAACGACCUCAACACCAUCGAGGCCGGCUGGCAGGUCAGCCCUCAGCUCUACGGCGACAACAGCCCCAGGUUCUUCACCUACUGGACAGACGACGCGUACCAGGAGACGGGCUGCUACAACCUGCACUGCUCGGGGUUCGUGCAGACCAGCAGCCGCGUGGCCAUCGGCGCCGCCAUCUCGCCCAUCUCCACCUACGCCGGCCGCCAGUUCGACAUCACGCUGCUCAUCUGGAAGGACCCGCGCCGGGGCCACUGGUGGCUGCAGCUCGGCUCCGGCGGCUUCGGAUCCGGCGGGCUCGUCGGCUACUGGCCCUCCGCGCUCUUCACGCACCUCGGCUCCCGCGCCGACAUGGUGCAGUUCGGCGGCGAGGUCGUCAACGCGCGCCCCGCCGGCGCGCCACACACGCCCACGCAGAUGGGGUCCGGGCGGUUCCCGCCCGAAGGGUACGCGCGCGCCGCCUACUUCCGGAACGUGCAGGUCGUCGACUGGGACAACAGCCUCGUCCCGGCGGCUGGGCUCCGACUACUCGCUGACCGACCGGGGUGCUACGACAUCGCCGGUGGCAGCGGCGGCGCCUGGGGCACCUACUUCUAUUACGGUGGGCCCGGCAGGAACGCACGGUGUCCGUAG